UCACGUCAAUGACACGAUAAAAGGACACGCAUCUCGUUCGUCGUCUAUGAAUCUUAUGAAUCUUGCUGCUGGUCUGUACGAAGAAACACGCGACGGACUAAAUUAAGCCAAAACCACUAUUUCGCUUUGGAGUGUUGCAGCAUGCAGCGAAACCGAUAAUCUUUACAUUCAGACCCGCACUUUAAUCAUCGUUGUUCAUUUGCCCUACCCUUUUACUUUUACAAUGUGCGCGUGGAGGCGCGCGGCGUGAAGAAGCGCAUCAGAAGAGCUCGAGGUCUUUCAGAGACGUCCAGUGGAUAACUAACGUUAACUUAAUAAGAAGUCUGACAACUCACUCGAACCUGGAAAGUCUUAAAGCCAUAGCUAUGGUGAACAGCCAGGUUACAGGCGGAGCGUGUGUGUCCAGAUCGUGCGCGGGAUGUGGGGGUCGCAUCGCUGACCGCUUUCUGCUCUUUUCCAUGGAUCGCUACUGGCACACACGCUGCCUCAAGUGUUCAUGCUGUCAGGCUCAGCUGGGAGAUAUCGGAACCACCUGCUACAGCAAAGGAGGCAUGAUCCUCUGCAGAACAGACUACAUCAGGUUGUUUGGGCACACGGGUGCUUGCAGCGCAUGUGGUCAGUCCAUACCAGCCAGUGAAAUGGUCAUGCGAGCACAAGGCAACGUCUAUCACCUUAAGUGCUUCUCCUGUGCCACGUGCAGAAACCAGUUGGUCCCCGGUGACCGCUUUCACUUUGUUAACGGCACCAUAUUUUGCGAACACGACCGACCAGGAGCCGCACUCCUUAAUACUCAUCUGCAGAGUAACCCAGUGCUCACAGAUCAGAAAGUUUGCUGAAGGGCUCUUCCUCUCUCUGUUCACCACUUCAGUGUCUCACUGCAGCUUCAUUCAACAGCACACACUUCUCCUUUGAUGCACUUACAUCUUUACAGCCCAAAUUUACAGACCUAAAUUUAAAGGUACUGCAUAGCCACAUAAUCUUUGAGAGGGAGUAUGGGCUGUAAAAGUAAUGGAAAGAUGUGUACAUGUCUGGUUGCUCUUGGCCAUUCUGAUGUUUAAUAUGAUGGACUCUUCAUCACUUCUCAUGAUGAGAUAUAUCGUGACUUUGUCUCUCCCCUCACCACCGAAACAGAACUAACACAUUUACUUGUCACAGGAUAUCCUGUCUAACUAACGUCAUCUUAUAUAUUCAAUAUGCAUUAUUUACAACUGUUUACGUCAAUAUGAAACAGGCAUUUACAACCCCUUUUUAGUUUUGUAAUAUGAUUACAGAGUAAAAAAACUUUGUUGGGAAUUGGCUUGAAAUAAUGUUGCUUAGCCUUGUUUGGCAUGGAUCUGGCAAUGCCAAGACCAUGGAUUCGAUUCACUGGGAAUAUUAAGUGCUGUAUACUCUGUACUGCAAAUCACAUCGGAUAAAAACAUCAGCCAAAAGUGUAAAUGUAAAUGAAAAGGGGGCAAUGUCAAUUAAAAUAUUUUCUUCAACAGUCCACAAAUAAGUCAUUCACAAUGAGACCAGAAACAUGUAUUUUUUUUACUUCACAAGACAAUUUUGAUUUCAUUGUGACUUAAAUUAACAUCUAACGUCAACAACAGAAUUACUAUAAAGAUCUUUGUAUAUCUUAUGGACAUCAUUCAGAGUGUCGAAUUGUAAAUAUGUUUUUAUACGCGUCCUCUCUGUAAUGGUUGAAUUAUCUGCUCAACAUGUGAUGUCUAUUUAAGGUGUAAUUAUCAAAUAAAUGAGAAAUACAACAAAA